AUGAAGCACGAGCUUCCUUUGCUCAAGGAGAAUCAGACUUGGGAUCUGUGUCAGGCUCCACUGGACAAGCCCAUUAUUGGUGCAGUAGUGAAUUACCACGACACUUACUCACUGGUGGUGAGAUUCGCUACGCUACGUUCCCUGUUCGCCUAUGCUGUUCAUCUCGAUUUCAACAUUGUUCAUUUUGAUGUUGAAACGGAUUUUCUACAUGGGGAACUCGAUGAGGAGGUCUACAUGAGAAUGCCUGAGAGACAGCUGAGUGAAGAAUCGAGCAACCAGAAAUACUUGGGCAUCAUUAGCAAGUCAAUGAGUGACGCUUUCCCGGUCAACAACCUCAGUCCAGUGUAG